GAGAGAAUCUCAGGGGCAGCAGAUCUGUUUUGCUCGGCUGGAAAGAGCAAACACGAGAUGGAUUUCUGCACGACGUGAGCACAGUCGAGGGGACGCAUCCCUCACACCCCCCCAAAAAAAGAGUCUGAGCCAGGAUGUCUGGGAUGGAUGUCGCCGUGGUCGACCGUAACGACACUGGAAUCUCUCCAAUAGACAAUGGGAGCUUCCUGCUUUUCUCCCCGACCCUGGCGUCCACCUCAGCUGCCGCCUCGCUGCCGGGACGUCCGGGCAACGUCUACGUGUACGUGUGGCUCUUCCUCGGCCUGCUGGUGUUCCUGCUGAGCCUGCUCAUCAUUUCCCUCCACAGGCUGAAGAACAUCAUCUCCUCCUCGUCCUCGGUCCCCGACUGCAGCAGCGAGGGCGGCAGCUCCUUCACCAACAUGGAGAUCUGCAGCAUCUCAUCUCAGCGGUCCACCUUCUCCUCACUGUCCACCUGAGGGAGAGAUGAGAGAGAGAGGGCGAUGGGCUUGGAUCAGACACGGACAGAUGUGAUAAGUGCCAACAGCAGGACAGAACGCACACUCUUCAUCGCUCACUGUGACACACAAACACAACAACACCAGCUACAAAAGAGCUGACGUCAUGGCUUUUACUCUCCAUGCAAGCAUAUCAUAAUAUUCCCUAUGGACUAGAAAGUCAGGUGUGGCACAGGGAUAAACCACUUUUUGUAAAAGCUACCUUCUUUUAUUGUCUAUAUCCUGUUUUAAAGUUAAAUCUUUGUACUGCAUUAUCUUAUAAUAUCUGUAGAUUACACUGCGUAAUAAUAAUGAACUUCAUCACUUUGUACUAGAAAUGCAUGCUUAUAUCAAAACUUGUUGAAAAAAAGAGACAGAUACCUUGAAUAAAAAGUGUGUAAAUGCCAAA